AUGCUCUGUGCUAUUAACAAAAUACAGAAACACCAACUGCGCAUUUCCCGUACAAUGACUACUUACAAGACACCUGCUCCAAUUGUAACCAUAGGGUUUAGUGAAGCGACGCAAAAUCGUCGUACAAUGCGAGCAUUAGAGCCCAAGACUACGGUCCCGGAUAGUAUCGUGGUGAAACUCGCAGAAACGGCACUUCUAACAGUUCCGUCGGCGUUUAACAAUCAGUCUACGAGAUUGACAGUUUUGUUUGGUGAUGACCACAGGAAAUUGUGGUCCAUUACGGGAGACGCGUUGCUGGCGAAAAUUGGCGAAGAAAGCUGGAGUACGGUCUCGAAGGAUCGGAUCGCUGCGUAUGCGAAUGCUUACGGUACCAUUUUGUUCUGGGACGACGUGACGGCGGCGGCGGAAAUGCAAGGUUUUGCUCCUGACAUGUACAAAGACAAGACCGAAGAAUGGGUGCACCAGACCAGUGGGAUGCAUCAGUACUACUUGUGGACCGGGCUAGACGCAUUGGGGCUUGGAGUCAAUUUGCAACACUACAACCCGCUCAUCGACCACGACGUGCGCCGCACUUGGAACGUUCCAGAGCACUGGCAAUUGAAGGCGCAAAUGGUGUUUGGAGUACCUAAAGAGGGUAGUGUGGUAGGUGAAAAAGUUCAGAAACUUCCCCUGGAGCAGAGAUUGCAGGUGUUUGGCGCGACAAUGUAG